UGGGGCGGGACGAAUUUCGUCCACUCCCGGUGACCGGGAUGGCGGCGCUGCGGCGCUGGGCCCUGGCACUGCUCCGGGGCUCGGUGCCCGCCGCGAUCGGGUACCUGCUGUGGGUCGUGAUGGAGUCGGGGGACGAGAAGCGUCAGCAGAUGCUGAAGGAGCUGCCCGAGGCCAACCCCGAGGUCCUGGCGGAGCGGCGCUACCACAACCGGCUCAUCAUGGCGGCGCUGCGGGAGGCGGCCGAGACCAACGAGAACGUGGCACAGCGGCCGGUGCCGUGGCGGAAGUGACCUCAGCACCGUGACACCCCCCCAC